AUGUGGUCGGCAGAGUUCAAGGAGCUCUGGCCCAGCUUGAAGCGGGUCAAGGGAGCGCCUGCCGCCAGCGCCUGCCUGCUGGAACACGCCUCGGAGGAGGUCUUCCCCCUGAUCUUCCCCUCCUCCUCCCUCAGCAGCGCCCUCGCUGGUUUGCUCGUGCUCGCCCCGCCCUCCGCGGAUGCGGCGCGGCGCCUCGCGCUGCUGGCGCUGCGCGGGGCGCCGGGCAGCGACGCGGCGCAGCGCGUGGCGCAGGCGCCGGAGGCGCUGAGGCCGCUGCUGGUGCAGCAGCUGCUUCUCCUCUCGGACUCGUUGCCCAGCGAGGGCUCGCCCCACGGCGAGGCGCACGGGCAGCAUUUGCGCUACUGGCUGUGCCUAGGUGAACUCCUGUCCGCCGGCGACGCCUUCAGCGCGGCUUCCGCCGCGCAGCGCGCGCUGCGGGCGCCGCUGCUGCCGGCCACGCGGGUCUUGGUGCAGAACGUGUGGGCGAAGGCGGCCUUCCUGGCAGGGGAUGCGGUGAUCCUGCCCUUGGCGGAGCUUUUGCAGGACUUCCCAACCCGGGCUCACCAUCCCCAGAAGAGGACUUCGAGUUGCCGGAAGCCUUCGCUUUCAAUGCCCUCAGUGUGGCCGCCCAACUGCUGCUGCACCCCCAGCGAGGUCAGCCCUGCAGGGACGGCCAGGCUCUGCAGCUGCAAGCGACCUCGCAUGCGGAGCUGCAGCUGCUGGGCGCGUUGGUGGCCUGGAGCGCCUGCUACAUCCACGGCCCACGGCUCUUGGCCUCGCUGGCGCUCUUCGCCGCCAUGGAGCGCGGGCUCCUGACGGAGACCCCGGGGUGGUAUGUGGAUGCGCUCCACAGGCAGGUCCGGGACGCGUCGGCCUUCCAGAAGCUCCGAGCGAGGGUGCGGCUCGACGAGUGGAUCUCCGACGUCUGGUCGGAGGCCAAGCCCCGGCGCCCGCUGGACGUGAUGCUGACCACGGCCACCAAGCAGGUGGCUCAGGACUUCUGGUCUCCAGCGCCAGAAGAGGAGAAUGAGGAAGG